AAUGCCUUGGCCAACCACGGCGAAAGUUGCUGUUCAGAUUAUGACGGCUCGUCGAAGCAGCGACGAUGGGGGUUAAAGCAGUACAUCGCAUUACCACCGGCCGAAACGGGCUCGGCGCCUUCAUCUUGCAAUGCAAGAAGAUGGACUUCCACUACUGUGACUGGGCCGGCAGUUCCAAGGGCAUGAAUGGCUUCAUCAAGUCCAUUCUGCCCAAGUUCGCGGCCGCGCAUCCCCAGAUCGAGUUCACCGUCUCCCCUCGACCGUCAAAACAUCCCGUCAUCAUCGGACACUAUAUCAACGGCCGCGACAAGGCUAUCUGCGUGCGGAAUCUAGAGCCUCUACAAAUCCUCAAGAAGGUCGAGCUUCUAAGAGACGCGAGCGGGGAGAAGCUGAAGAAGGUUACCAAGCCGGUUCAGAGCAUCAACGAGAGCGUCCGAGGCAUCUGGAGUCCUUACCAUGGCAAUGGUAUGCGGGUAUAGCCUGGCGUAUAGGGGUGGGCUUCAUGGACCACAUCGUACAAAUAUACUAGGUUACCUCUGUCGACUUCUCAUGCUUGGGGUUGUCAGGUCGGGACAGCGUUGUAACUAUUGGUGGCGUGCAUCAACCGGAUAUUGAUUCGCACUGCAUGCUCUAGCUAGAAACUGGCAGUCACGGCGGCAAUUUGAGUGUCGGGAAAUGGGGAUGUGGUUGCAUUGAAGGGCGAC